CCAACGACUGUUGGUUCUAGAAGGCGCGGGUUGCCAUGAAACAACGACCAACUGAUCCGACGGGAAAAACGGCAACACUUUUUAACAAUCGUAACAGCUUAAACAACUUAACGUUGCGUCCACGAGGAGGAGGAGGAGGGGGGGGAAAGGGACGACGACGUGGUACUUCAAUUUGUGAGGUCCAUCAUUAACGUACCGGACCGCGCAGGCUUGGUGGAGUUCUGUCACAUUGGCUGGUUUGGAUUACACAGCGUCGAUCAAAGUCGACCAACGCACUGAGAAAACGAAUACCAGUGAGCACCAAGGAGCACUUUCAAUUAAUUGAUGACCAUGAGACAGAGCCCGAGGAGACCCCUGAUCCUCAGAAGAAGAAAGUUGCCCUUUCAGCAAAAUGACCCGCCGGCGGCAGAACCGCAAAGCAGAGCCUCUGGACCUUCGAAGUCGACCACCGGUCAGGGCUUCCCCGAAGGCGUCCGCAUCAUGGAUCACCCCUCCGUGUCGGAUACGCAGGUGGUGGUCAUCCCCAAAACGGCGGACCUUCAGAGUAUCAUCGGGGCCCUCACUGCCAACGGCAAAGACUGUGGCGUCCAGGGACCCUACAAGUUCAUCCUCUUGGGUGGGAGCGACCGCUCCGACAACGGAUCCGUGUGUCAGCCUGCUGCUGGAGGCCAUGAUGACUUUGCCAUUGGCGAACCGGUGAAGGAAGAAUCAUUGCCCAGCGCCUUGUCUCUCACUGGAAUUAGAGCAUUGAAUAAGGAACUGGACUGUGGCCCCUUAGAUGACAGCCUCACCAACAUUCAGUGGCUGGGCAAAAUGAACACCUUCGAACACGACGCCGCGAAGCAGAUGGCCUACAAGGAGAACCUAAACGCAAAUCUUCAGGCAGAAAGUGCACAGAUCGAUGCAGAGGCUGUUCAGCAACACGCGCCGGACAGGCCACCGUACUCCUACAUGGCCAUGAUCCAGUUCGCCAUCAACAGUCGGAAGAGCAGGAGGAUGACACUGAAGGAGAUUUACACGUGGAUUGAGGAGCACUUUCCUUACUUCAGAGAGGGGGCCAAACCCGGAUGGAAGAAUUCUAUCCGCCAUAAUCUUUCUCUACACGACAUGUUCAUUCGUGAGACGUCACCAGAUGGUAAAAUUUCUUUCUGGACUAUCCGACCUGAGGCCAACCGAUGCCUCACCCUUGAUCAGGUGUACAAGCCCGGCUGUGACCCAAUGACUGCUCCUGUUCCGGUGCCACAACUUUUAUUUCCCUACCAACGACAGAAGCGGAUGCUUUGCGAUGCAAGAAAGACGCCGGCCAGCUCUGAGAGAAAGAUGAAACCUCUUCUCCCUCGAACGGACUCCUACUUGGUUCCCAUCCAGCUGCCCCUCACCUCCCCGGUCUUCCUGCCGACCCCGUUGACCCAGGUGCCGCCCUCUUCCUGGCAGCAGAAGCAGAACACGUCGCGCGGAGUCAAGAGAGUGCGCAUCGCUCCUAAGUUGACGCAGAGCGACGUGCCGCCGGCGGCGGCGGCAUGUCCCCAGAAGGACGGAGACCUCCCGGUGAAGGAGGAGCCGGAAUGCGUGCCGAUCCAUCGCAGGACUCCCACGGCCCCCCCGAAGAGACAAGGCGGCAGCUCGCGGCGCAAGCAGCGCCUGGUCCACUCCCUGCACGAGGAGCCCGUGCUCCUCUGCCCCGACAACACCUUCUUCGACUCCGGCGUCGUCUCCGACGCGUCGACCUUCCAGGAGGUGCGCGACGCGGAGGAGACGCAGCAGCAGCAGCAGCAGCAGCAAAGCCCCGAUCGGGACUUCUCCUUCAAGACGCCCAUAAAGAGCGGCGGCCACCUGACCUCCUCCACGCCCAGCAAGCCCCCUUGUCAAGCGCCCCCCGAGCCCUGGAAAGUGACCCCCGUGGGCAAAGGGAGCCAGAGCGUCCUGGACUUCAGCCCCAUCCGCACCCCCGGGGGCCCCGCCAUCACCCCGCUGCACGACUACACCACCUUCAGCUUCAACAGCACCCCCUUUAAGGACUGGCAGCUGUUCAGCUCCCCCCGAGAGCCGCUCGCGCCGGCCCCCGGGGUGGCGGCGGCGGCGGCGGGGGGGGACUCGGCCGUCGGAGGCCUCCGAAGCGGCUGCUCCCGGGAGCUGCUGCAGGCGGCUAACCGCUCGAUCACAGAGGGCCUCAUCCUGGACACGAUGAACGACAGCCUCAGCAAGAUCCUGGUGGACAUCAGCUUCACCGGCCUGGACGGCGAGGACCUGGGUAUGGCCAACAUCAGCUGGGGCGAGUUCAUCCCUCAGUUCAAGUAGCUGCCGGGGGGGGGCGGCGGCGGACAGAAGGCGAUCCGUUUGAAUCGCGUCAACGAGUCGUCUGUUUUCUGAAACACUAUAGGAGGGGGACUUUUUUUUGGUUUCCGGGUCAUAUCAGCAAGCUGCUUACUCGUCGUCCCUUCAGGCCAGAUGUUCUUCACCUCUGGCUUUUUCAUCCGUGCCGUCGCACCUGCUUCUUUUGUCUUGUGUUCUGUUUCCUUUGAUCCUUUAUCCUACCUGUCAUAUCUGUCUGCUCUCGAAGGAGAAAUGUAUUUGUGUGUGUGUGUGUGUGUGUGUGUGUGUGUGUGUGUGUGUGUGUGUGUGUGUGUGUGUGUGUGUGUGUGUGUGUGUGUGUGUGUGUGUGUGUGUGUGUGUGUGUGUGUGUGUGUGUGUGUGUGUGUGUGUGUGUGUGUGUGUGUGUGUGUGUGUGUGUGUACGUACACAUACACCUAAUGUAUGUCGAAUUUGCACAUUUUAAUAUAUAAUUUAGCUUUUGCAUUUGUGAAUGAAAAGACGAUAUGGCCAUCGAUGUGCUUUCCGUUCCCUUUUGGUUCAGGCGGCCUCCUGGAUUUCCCCCGUUUAGUUUGUGAGAUUGUUGGCAAUAAACAAUGGCAAAGUACAAAUAGCACUAACAGCAAUGGGAUUGUCUGUGCGUCACUCGCUUGCACCGCUUUGAAGGGGAUGCUUAGCAUGCAGGUGCUCCGCAGGGCAACACCAUAAUAGAAGGUAACUUUGGUGGCAGAAACUGAGAAUUCUAUGCGUAUCCAGCAGAUUUGUUGGGUUUUCAGUAAAGUUUCAAUUAUUUUUCUGUAAGAACAAAUAGGAAUUAGGGGCAAAGCUUCUCUUGUUGUCUUUUUAAUGCAGCGGAAAUUGAGGUAUUCGCCGUUUUUGAAAUGCCACACAUCAACGUAAGGCUUCGAUCGCGCCUUCCGGUUUGUUUGUGUGGGAGAGGUUUUGCAAUUGUGUCGAUCUGUAAGAGGGAAAUGCUGUUUGUAGCAAAGCAGGUCCCAACUUCCUCCUCGUAAAACGGCUUCUGAGACUCUGGAUAAACGGCUGAUGUCGGUGCCUCAAAGAGAUUUUCUCCCAUUUCAAAAAAUUCUAAUAAACUGCAGUACAACAUGGGUUGAAACUACCGAGUGUUAUUUAAAAUUGAAUAAAGCUGGA